AUGGCUGUUGGUAUCCACCCGAAGCAUGCUGCAAAGUUGACUGAGAAAGAUUGGUCAGCUUUUGAGGCAGCAUUGGCGUUAUCGGGUGUUUCUGCCUUGGGUGAAGUAGGCCUAGACUACACUUCACAGCCAUCCACAUGGGGGAUCCAGCAUUCUGUUCUCCAUCGGGCCCUUGAGUAUCUUCGCCCAGAUCAUGUACUGGUGCUCCAUAACAGGCCAGACAAGCGCAAUGCUGGGGAUGACAUGCUGCAGCUUUUGUUUCAGCUAAAGGGCUGCAUCCAAACUGAGCAGAGGAUUCACCUGCAUUGCUUUUCCGGAAGCCAGUAUGCAGUGAACCAGUGGAGUAGGCACUUUCCCAAUACCCACUUUGGCCUCACCCAGAAGUGCUGGAAGAAAAUAUUUAUUGAUAUAGAUAUUUUGGUAGACGUCGGUGGCUCGUUCAACUUACUGGUUGGACCAGCCCUAGCAGUGAUCUUGUUAGAUACUUUUGACUUGAUCAGCCUUCUACAGACCCCGGUGCCGUCCCAACAAAAGAAACAGGGGGAGAGUGUAGUGCGAGUGCACUCUUUGACCUGUUUACACAUCAAGUACUGA